GUACUUAAGAGGGAUGUUGAGUUGCGACGUUUUGAUUCAACUUGUACUGUGAUUUCUAAUGUCAAGUUGUCAAAUUUUAGGUUAUCUUGUUUUUGAUUUUGACUCAACAUUUGUGUCGUGAUUUUAUCUUAUAUUCAUUCUUCAGCAGUUUAUUAUUUUUGUAAACUAUCUCAGUUCCUACUCGUUCCAAUCCCAGCUAUUCGUGCAAUAUUAUAAGGGAACAUUUAGUGUUCAGCAAAAUAUGAAUUAUUUUUUUAAAUAAUUUAUUAUGUUGUGAAGUUUUCUUGAACAAUUUCAAUCAUGGUUAUUUAUGGUGUUUACAUUGUAUCAAAAUCAGGAGGGCUGAUUUUCAAUCAUGAUCAUAAUGUACCUAAAAUAGAAAAUGAACAUACAUUUUCUUAUCCACUGGACUUGAAGCUUGUGUAUGAGAAUAAGAAAGUUGUAGUCUCUUUUGGCCAAAAAGAUGGUAUAAUGGUGGGCCAUGUUCUCACCGCCGCAAACGGAAUGCCAGUAACUGGGAAACAACUGGAUGAUGGCAGAGAUGUGUUGGAAGUUAUUGACAACUCUGAAAGCUACCCUCUGACAUUGCGAUUUUCCAGGCCAAGAAUGACAACUAAUGAGAAAAUAUUUCUGGCCAGCAUGUUCUAUCCUCUGUUUGCAAUUGCUAGUCAGCUGAGUCCUGAACCGAAGAGUUCCGGUAUUGAGGUUCUGGAGGCGGACACAUUCAAGCUGCAUUGUUUCCAAACAUUGACAGGUGUUAAAUUCAUGGUAGUAGCUGAACCAUCUCAAACAGGAGUAGACCUACUGUUGAAGAAAAUUUACGAACUUUAUUCUGACUUUGCGUUGAAAAAUCCUUUCUAUUCGCUUGAAAUGCCGGUUCGUUGUGAAUUGUUCGAAUCCAACCUUCAGUCAUUACUGGAACAAAUUGAAAAGACUGGUAUAAGCAAUGUGUAAAUGUUCAAAAAA